GUUCAAUUAUUCACCUCCUGGCUCCUGCAAAUGCACUUCACUCUACCCCGUAUGGUAACACCUUCACCUUCAGUUAGGUGUUGCUGAUCAACAAGAUCUCCUUCCCUCUCUCUCUCUCUCUCUCUCGGAGGUUAACUAAAUGCAGUUGGUUGCAGAAGAUCGUUAAAAUCGCUAAGCAAGAAACAGUAGUCACUUCAACAAUUCCUCCGCACUUGUCGGAAAUUUCUAAGCAUCGCGGGAGAGAAUAACAAUGAUGGAAGAGGUAGACAGGAUCAGCCAAUUACCGGGGCACAUAACAGAGAAAAUCUUAUCGUGCCUGCCGAUUAAGGAUGCGGUCAGGACUAGUAUUUUGUCAACAAAGUGGAGGUAUAAAUGGUCCUCUGUUCCACAACUUGUGUUUGAUGACCAAUGUACCAGCACUGGGGGAGUUCCUUCUCUUCUAUCAUCUCUGCAAGAAAACUUGGUGAAGAUAAUUGAUGAGGUCCUCUUGCUUCAUACUGGCCCAAUACAGCUGUUCAAGCUCUCUCACAAAAAAUUUUGUGCCCUGAGUAACAUUGACCACUGGAUUCUUCAUCUAUCCAGAGUCUCUGUUAAAGCAAUCGUACUCAACAUCUGGAAAGGGCAGUAUUACAAGAUUCCCACCUCCUUAUUCAAUUGCCAUGACUUGAUUAUUUUGGAACUCAGCUGCAGUGUGAUGAAAAUUCCGUCGACGUUUGAAGGAUUCAAAAACUUGCAAACUUUGUAUCUUUUUCGUGUGAAGCUGUCUUCGGACGAACUUGAAGCUUUGAUUUCUCGCUGCCCCCUGCUAAAACGUUUGAAGUUGAGGAAGUUAGAGGAGAUUAAGCAAAUUAAUGUCAAAGCUGGCAACCUCGAGUGGCUUGAAUUUGAAGGAGCUUUACAGGACGUCGCUUUCGGUGUUAUGAACCACUUGAAGUCGGUCAAGAUAGACUCAUUUGAUCAUAUUGAUAACAGAUGUGGACUCGGUUAUGCCAACUCGAGCAAUUUGCACAAACUCUUCCGAAAUCUGCCCAAAAUUCAGAGUCUCAAGCUUGGAAAUCACUCACUCAAGUAUUUGGCUAUUGGAAAUGUUCCACAGACACUGCCUAAUGAACUCGUUCAUUUGAAGUACCUCUUCACGUGCUUAGACUUCAAUAGUGUGGAGGAGAUUUUGACUGUUAUGUGCCUGAUAAGAAGCUCUCCUCAGUUGAAACAUUUAGACUUUCAGAAUCGUGUCAGGGAUCAACAGACUACAGGGAUUUGGACAAUGGCCGACUUUCGGGAAGACCACCGUGCGUGUUGCCUAGAACGUGUACAAGUUGUAUCGAUGGGUGGGAUUUCUGGCAGUGAGCCAGAGCUGGAAUUUAUAAAGUUCCUGCUUAUUAGCUCGCAGAACCUACAAAAGAUGACGAUCCGGCCUAAUUCCACGAGUGAAGAAGGCAAGUUGCUUAGGGAGUUGCUGCGGUCCCCGCGAGCCUCAGCGCAAGCGGAGGUGAUCUUUCUCUGAUCCUGUUGAUCAAGAAGCCAACCCUCGUUAAGAUUGAAUCACACAUGGGAGUAACAGUCGCUGCAAUUGUUUUGCUACGCUGUGUUGAACUUGCAAACAUCAUUAGACAAUUUCUUUUUUUUUUUUUUGUAUUACUAAGAGAAAAAAGAAAAUUUUCUUUGUUCAUCUUGUGUUAGCCUCUCGUAAGGACAUUCUCAUCCAAUAAAUAGUCAUAUUUGGAAGCAACUGGUUGCUUUUCUUAUGGCUCGGAUUGGUCCUCUGGCUUUGAUUAUACUAGUCUUCACACUGAAUAAUGUAAUUGGGAGGCUUUCUUCUGGGUUGGGUCAGAA